AAAUUGAAUUUUUUGGCAACAGGAUGGCUACUGCCUGGUGAAUUUCUCACCACAGAAAAAGACAAGCUGUGACUCAAACCAGCAAGGGAGAGAGCAGAAGCUUCCAGACCGUGGGUACACUGAGGACCCAGCCAUGCCUCUUGUUGUUCCUUUGGAGACAAGGCCACACAUGCGCAGAAAAUACAGUCUCCAAGUGGACUACAAACCCCAAAAUGCCCAGAGCCCUUUAAAAAUGGGCGUUCCAACCCGCCCUCUCUCUCUUCUCUCGCGCUCCCCCCUCCUCUUCCCCUUUCGUCUCUUCACUCCCGUUCCUUGUAUGUUACCCUCCCCCAUUAAAGUUUACCCACGUGGGACCCCGCGUGUCUUGUCUCUCCUUCCCCAACCCCGCGCGUCUCGUGUCUCCCCCUCCCGAACAACACCCCCACAUUUAAAAAAUAAUAACAUUUUGGUGCCGUCUGCUCGGGGACCUUCGCGCCCCGGGGCCCUCACCUGAGGCCUCGGCUCUGGGUUUUGGCGCCUCCUGGAGCUCGGGGCCUCCCCCGGGACAAGGUCAGAACCGGACGACCUGCGACCACUCCACGUGUUCCAGCCAUCUCGACACGGCCCUCCCUCUCCAACCGUCAGCGGCUAAUUCAAAAGGAAGGUUACGCUCUGGGAGUCCUAGGUCAUCAACUGGGACCCUCCUUCGCACCUGUAGCCUACCUGUCAAAGAAAAUGGACCUCACCACUCAGGGCUGGGCAUCCUGCAUACGUGCCUUGGCGGCCGCUGAACUUCUGAUUCGUGAGUCAAAAAAACUAACCUUCGGAGCACCCACUACAGUCUUCUCUCAUCAUAACCUGUCCAACCUCUUAACUUACAAAGGUCUACAGACCCUACCCCCUUCUCGAGUUCUUUCCCUUCAGGUGGCACUGGUGGAAGACGCCAGUCUCACAUUUCAAUGCUGCCCACCCCUUAAUAUUUCAAAUCUUCUACCUCAACCUAAUGUAAAUGAUUCCCCAUCUCACUCCUGCGUCGAGGUCCUGGAAGACCUACUGCCUCACCCCUCACAUAUUCAGGAGGGCAGUCUGUCCCAGGCUACUCAUACCUGGUACACGGAUGGCAGCUCCUUUCUAUGUGAUGGGACUCGCAAAGCAGGUUAUGCCAUAGUAUCAGACACGGAGAUAGUUGAGGCAAAGGCACUCCCUGCUCAUACUACUAACCAGCAGGCUGAGCUGAUAGCUCUCACCCGUGCCUUUCAGUUGGCCGAGGGGCAAUCUUUAAAUGUUUACACAGAUUCUAAAUAUGCGUUUCAUAUCCUGCUGUCUCAUGCGGCCAUCUGGAAGGAGCGCGGGCUUCUCACAACGAAGGGAGGCUCUAUUACCAACUCAGAGUAUAUCAUAGACUUACUAAAAGCUUCCCAUCUCCCUAAAGCUAUAGGAAUUAUUCACUGCCGGUCUCAUCAGUCUGACAGCUCUAUUGUCUCCAAGGGAAACAAUCGAGCUGACAGAGCCGCUAAGACAGCAGCACUCCAGAGCCCAGGUCUGCCUCAGCUACCUCAGGGAGUACUAACAGCACAGCCCAUGGCCUCGCAGACACCUCCUGACACCAAACAGAUCCUGUCCUACCUGCACCAGCUAUUUCAUCCCAAUAAAAGAGCUUUACUUAAUUUCAUAAAAAUAUAUAUUAAACCAACACCUGAGGACAUCAGGUUCCUAAAGGCUACCACUGCCUCCUGUGAGAUCUGCCAAAAGUCAGAUCCCAGGACCAAAUAUCGUAGCUUUCCUUUCCCUACUCACCAAGCCAGGGGCUCCCUUCCGGGAACUGACUGGCAGCUGGAUUUUACUCAUAUGCCCACAGUUAAAAAAAUUAAAUAUCUCCUGGUGUUGGUGGAUACAAUGUCUGGGUGGGUUGAAGCCUUCCCCACCUCUAACAAGAGAGCCCAGACAGUUUCUGAUAUCCUCCUCCGAGAAAUUGUUCCGCGGUUCGGGCUCCCAACUUCUCUUCAGUCAGAUAACGGCCCAGAGUUUACUUCCCAGAUUUCUCAGAAUCUGUCUAGGGCACUUGGAAUCCCCUGGAAUUUUCAUAUACCAUACCACCCCCAGUCUUCAGGUAAGGUAGAACGGACUAACCGCUCUUUAAAGGAUGCCCUCGUUAAGAUGUCACAAGAACUACACCUCGACUGGGUAAGACUUUUGCCUCUGGCCCUUCUCAGGCUCCGGGCUCUCCCAAAGGGCCCUCUUUUCAUUUCACCCUUUGAACUCAUGUAUGGGCGGCCGGUUUUAACCCCUGGCCUCCCAUCGGGAACCUCUCCCCUUCCUGAUCACCUGCUCACUCCCCUCCUUUUCCACCUACGUUCACUGCUGUGGGACUUCACGGAUCACUCACUACCUCAACCAUGUGCCAACGCAUGCCCACCGCCGGUUAAAAUAGGAGAUAAGGUUUUAUUCUCACCUCCAGGUCAACGUCCCUUACCCCUUUCCCCUAAAUGGCAGGGUCCUCUCAGGGUAAUUCUUCUAACUCCCACAGCUGCCAAGCUCGAGGGAAUUCCUCACUGGAUUCACCUGUCACAUCUGAAACCGUUCAUCCCUACAGCUCAGAACAAUCCUCCUUACACGGUAACUCAGACGGGACCAUGUUCCCUCAAGUUCCAAAGGACAACAGGUCCAACCCCCUCUACUCCAGCCUAAGGAAAACAACGGUCUCAUUUUUCAUUUUUUCCUCCUGUGCUAAUACACCCCCCCUUUUUCUAAAUUCCUAAAUAACCAUCCAGUUGUCUCUACAGGAAUCAUCAUCAAACACAGAGCCAAGAGGUUCAGGUGAUAAGCAAAUGCUUAACCAAGUUCCUGACAUAACAGGUUUGUCACUGACUGCAGCAGUGACCCCUAAAAUGUUAAGGAAUAUAUGAUUAAAAUCUAUUUCUUUUAAGACAUUCUCUUUAAGCUCCAAGACACCAGCCGGACCCACCUGGACAAAGCAGACACAAGCAGAACGGAAUAAGUAUCAUUCAAUCAACGGAAUAAGUAUCAUUUACCUUUUUUAUUCUUAUUCUUAACCCCUGGCCUCCUGAAGCCCACCCCCUCCACCCCAAAUCUCCCCUCUAACUUUUUUUCUUUCUACUAAUGCAACUUUUGUUUUCCAGCAUCCUAACGGUGACCCAGCCACUCAAGAGCCAGACAGAUACAAUCUCCAGACAGAUGCGAUUUCUUCAAUCAGCCACUUGAUGCCAGCGGACAAAACAUCGAUAUGACAUCAUCAGGACAAUAGGACGCUCCCCGGACCCCUCGACGCCCAAAGUCAGCAGGAAGCAGUCAUGAGAGACCGGGCUACGCCCCUAUUCCCUACCCGUUAAGACCCUCAACCCCCCCCCUCAAUUUUUUUUUUAAUAAAACCAAAAGGGUGGAAUGUUGUUCCUUUGGAGACAAGGCCACACAUGCGCAGAAAAUACAGUCUCCAAGUGGACUACAAACCCCAAAAUGCCCAGAGCCCUUUAAAAAUGGGCGUUCCAACCCGCCCUCUCUCUCUUCUCUCGCGCUCCCCCCUCCUCUUCCCCUUUCGUCUCUUCACUCCCGUUCCUUGUAUGUUACCCUCCCCCAUUAAAGUUUACCCACGUGGGA